AUGACUACCACGCCCGCGGGAAAGAAGGUCUUAGUGGUCUUCGGAGCCACUGGCCAGCAAGGAGGCUCAUUAAUUCGCUAUGUUUUGAAGGACUCCUUGCUUUCUGCUCCGUACCAUAUUCGCCCAGUCACUCGCAAUCCAUCUCAUCGGCCAGCCAGCAACCUCAAGACAGAUGGAGUUGAGGUCUUCCAAGCCGACGCUGAUGAUCCAGCAUCCCUUAGGAGAGUGAUGCGCGGCGCCAGUAUGACCUUUGCAAUGACAUUGCUUAGACCGCAAAAUCACCCAGGGAAAGCUAUCGCGGAUGCCGCCGUUGUUGAAGGAUUGGAUCCAAUAAUUUUCAGCACUCUUCCACAUGUCACUAAGAUCUCAGGCGGAAGAUACCAGAAAAGCCGAGGUGGAAGAUUACGGGGAUUACCAAUCCGGAGCAUCUUCUACUGCCCUGUCUGGUUCAUGCAAAACUUUAAUCAACAUAUAGCUCCUAGGGAAAUGGCUGACGGGACGUUGGAUAUUAUUAACAUCGUCUCCGCAGAGACCAAACUGCCUUUAAUUGACUCCUACGGGCACAGUGGGAAGUUUAUUGCGCCGGUACUGGCAGAGCCAGAGAAAAAUACUGGACAGACGUUAUCAGCCGCCGAACAUUUCUACUCCUACCAAAACAUAGCGAAGGAGAUGAGCAAGAAAUGGGGUAAAAGUAUCGACUAUCGCUUGGUAUUGAUGAAAGCGUUUGCGAGCAAGGUGGGCCGUGUCUUUGGACAAAGGUUGAUCGAGAUGAUGUUGUACUUUGAAGAAUAUGGACACUACGGACCACAAGGCGAGGAAAUGAUUGUCCAAACGGCGCAAACUGCCUCGGACAACUUGACGAAUUUGGAAGAAUACUUGGGCAGAAAUCCGCUUUAG